GCGUCACGCAUGGCUAGUCUUGCCCGUGACCACCAUAUGUUAUUCACAGAGGGUUCGUCGUCUUCUUUUUCUCUCUCAUUAUGAACUUUCAUCAAACACUUUCAGAGAGAUAACACAGAGAUAUGGAUAUGCUUCAUUUUUCUCACUCUCUUGCUCUCUCACACUGUCACACGAAUGCUGUCUUGUACAGAUUCUGCAAACACCUGAUGAUUCAUAAGUAAAUCAUGUUGAAACAAGUAUCCAACAGAAACCAGAGGACAAAAGGCUUCAAGGUAAAACAAGGUUUUAAAAUAUUUACUUUGAUUGUUGUUGGCAUAUGGUUGCUUCACCAACUCAAACAACACUCACAUGAAAAGAUGCCGUACGAGGAAACCUCUGCAAAAGCAUUUGAAAUUCAGAAGGCUAGUUCUGAAACUAAAAGGCUUGGAAGAAAAGGGUUGCAACCAUGGUCAAAUGAUAAACUGUUUGAACUGAUGGAGGAUACUGAAGAAAAAAUUGAAGAGGAAGAAUCAGAGGAAGUAGAAGACCUUAUUGAUGAACAAGACAAAGAGAAGGAGGAGCAAAAUGAAGAUGAAGAUGGUGAAGACAUGGGAAAACAGAUGGAAGAUAUGAGCUUAUCAGAGGAUGAAAGUCAUGAGGAAGGUGACAAAGAUACACAAUCAAAAAGUGAGAAAUAUAACAAAGAGACUGGUGCAUCUAGGGUUGUGAUGAGGAUGACAAAAAGUUUAGGUUCUGGAUUUGAACUUGGAGGUUUGAGAAAAGUAAAAGAAGAACAGGUGGGAAAUUCAAAAGGGAUUGAAACAGAAAAGCAGAAGAAGAAAUCAUGGACUCAAGCAAAGUCACUGACCACAGCACUGAUUCAUCCAAAUGUCUUAGUUACAAAAGGAAUAGAUGAUGUGCUUGAUUUUGGUGCUGCAUCAAAGAUUCGUUACUUUAAGACAUGAUUUUGAUAGUGCAACACAUAGUAGGACACGAUUUAACAUGGAUGUUCUUAGAAACUUUUUUUUCCUUUUAAAUGGGACAGCUACAUGAAAGGGAAAAUAAGUCACCUAGAAUUUCAACGAGGAGAAUUUGGAGAAAAACAUUGUAUCAAGUUAUCAAUAACAACUGUAGAAAUGUACUCAAUAACGAGCUGAAUAAGCAGACCCUCUCUGAGACACAACAAACAAAACAAGUAUCUGCUUUAAAAUAAAUAAUGUCUUGUACGCUGUUUUUCUUUUUCAGACUGUAAACAAUUUAUUCAUACUUUCUGCUUGUGAGUCUUGAGUCAUAUUGUGCCUUGUGCACAGACAGUAUUAUAGUUCAAAUAUUCCAGAAAAA